AUGAGGGAAGAUCAGAGACUCGAGCUUAUAAAACUUUUCUUCAAAGAAAAAGGACUGGUCAGACAGCACAUAGAAUCAUAUGACUAUUUUGUGGAUCAUGAAAUAAAGGCUCUUGUAAGAGCAAAUCAGAUUGUGGACUCUGACAUUGAUCAUACAUUUUAUCUCAAGUAUCUGGACAUCCGUGUUGGGAUGCCAAGCGUAGAGGAGAACAUGGUUAAUUACAACGUGUUUCCGAUAGAGUGUAGGCUGAGGGACAUGACGUACUCUGCAAAUAUUUACGUCGACAUAGAGUAUGUUAGAAACAGGCAGAUAAUUGUUAAGAGAGAUGUUUGCAUCGGAAAGAUGCCAGUCAUGUUGAGAAGUAGCAGAUGCCACCUUAGAAAGGAAGCGAAAAUCUCAAUAGAGGGAAACAGGGCGAAGGAUAGGAAGAUCAAGGAGUCGCAAGAAUGUCCCUUGGACGUUGGAGGAUACUUUAUUAUCAGAGGAAUCGAAAGAGUAAUAUUGAUACAGGAACAGCUUUCCAAGAACAGGAUCAUCAUAGAGUCUGGACCGAAGGGGCUGUUUGCUUCUGUUACGUCUUCCACAGAUGAGCAUAAGAGCAAAACAUCGGUAACGAUCAAAGACGAUUGCUAUUACUUGAAGAACUCGAUGUUUAAUGAAGAGAUCCCUGUGGUGAUAGUGAUGAAAGCUCUGGGGCUAACCCAGGACAAAGAAAUAGCUGAGUGUGUUGGAAAGGAGUAUUUUGAUAUUAUGGUUCCCAGUUUUGGCGAGUGCAUAUCGAAGGAGGUGUUUACAAAGGAGCAGGCUCUUCUUUACAUAAGCAACUAUAUAAAGCUAAGACCCGAAGACAACAGAAUAGAGGAAGUCCUCACCAUAUUGUCCGAGAAAGUGCUUCCAAAUGUUCAGGUAGAGGGAUGCAACCUGAGAAAGAAGGGGAUUUACAUAGCACUGAUGAUUAGGAGGCUUACACAGACAAGGCUCAACAUACUUAAGGAGGAUGAUAAGGACUUUGUUGGAAACAAAAGGUUUGAGCUUGCAGGACAGCUGCUGUCAAUUCUUUUUGAGGACACAUUCAAAAGAUUUAAUUUUGAGUUAAAGAAGUCUAUAGAUAAGAUAUUAAGCAAGAGAUCGAGAGCCCAGGAGUUCGAUGCACUGACAUUUUUGAACCUACAAGCCAAUAUGAUAACGUCCACCCUCUCAAGAGCAAUUUCAACUGGAAACUGGAAUCUAAAAAGAUUCAGAAUGGAGAGAAGCGGAGUUACACAUGUCUUGUCAAGACAUUCUUACAUAUCUGCAUUGGGGAUGAUGACGAAGAUCAACUCUCACUUUGAAAAGACAAGAAAAGUAAGUGGGCCCCGAUCGCUCCACACGUCAUCCUGGGGCAUGCUUUGCCCCGUCGACACACCUGAAGGAGAGUCAUGUGGGCUUGUGAAGAAUCUUGCAUUGCUUGCAGAAAUAACGACUGAUUCGGAUGUAAGGCCAGUUCUGGACUUAAUAUUCAAGCUCGGUGUUGUGGACAUCAAUUCUGUCUAUACAAGGGAAAUACACCAGAAUGGAAUGUUUUCUGUAUUUCUCAACGGUGAUAUUAUUGGAAUAAUCGACAAGGUAGACUUUUUUGUGGAGCAGUUCAAGCUGCACAGGAGAAAGGGACUUGUCGGGAAGUUUGUGUCGAUUUACAAGGUGAUGACAGAAAGGGUUAUCCACAUAGCCUCAGACAAUGGCAGGGUGUGUCGCCCGUUGAUUGUUAUUGAUAAGAAAAAGAUAAACAGGAUGAUAGUGUCAAACGAGAUUGAUAAGUGCUUUGAGGUUUUAAACAUUUCAGAAAGGCCAGAGAUGGAAAGAGGAAAGACCUUUCUUGACUGCUAUCUCAAAUACAAGUCGUUUUCCGAUCUAUUGGAAGAGGGCUUUAUUGAAUAUCUUGAUGUCAACGAGGAGAAUGACUGCCUUGUUGCACUUAAGCCUGAGGACAUGGUGGAAGAGACAACACAUCUUGAAAUUUCUGAAUUUGCAAUUCUAGGAUAUGUAGCGGGGCUAGUGCCAUUUCCCCACCACAACCAAAGUCCUAGAAACACAUAUCAAUGUGCAAUGGGAAAGCAGGCCAUCGGUCACAUAUCUCUAAAUGUCAAGAAGAGAUUUGAUCCUGUUAUUUUACAGCUCACAUAUACGCACAGGCCCAUGGUAUCCACAAAGAUACUCGACCUUAUCAACUACAAUGAAAUACCUGCAGGGCAAAAUGCUAUGGUUGCUGUCAUGAGCUACUCCGGGUAUGACAUAGAAGAUGCUCUUGUCUUGAACAAAACAUCGAUUGAAAGAGGGCUUUUCAGGGUAGAGGUGUAUAAAACAACCACGACCUUGUUGAAAAAGCAUAGUAGCGGCAUGUCUGAUGUUCUCUGGCCUAAUCCCAAAGAGAGUGUUUUGGAUGAGGAUGGGUUAGGAAAACCUGGAAGGAUGGUGAAGGACGGAACCAUUUAUGUGAAUAAGAUGUCGCCUGUGGAAGGCAUAUAUAAGUUUACAGGGAAGGUCCAUAGAGGAGAUCCUGCAUAUAUUGACAAGGUACUCAUUACAAAGUCCCAAGACCAGGUGCUUAUAAAAACUAUGCUGCGCCAGACAAGACCACCAGAAAUAGGGGACAAGCUUAGCAGUAGGCACGGUCAGAAGGGUGUUGUAGGAUUAAUUGUUAGACAGGAGGAUAUGCCCUUCAAUGACCAAGGAAUUGUCCCAGAUAUCAUCAUGAAUCCUCAUGGAUUUCCAUCGAGAAUGACGGUCGGAAAAAUAAUAGAGCUAAUUUCUGGUAAGGCUGGCUUGAUGGAGGGGAAAAUCUUCGACAGCACUGCAUUCAAAGAAAACUCUGUUGAAGAAACAUGCAAUAUCCUCUCCAGACAUGGAUUCAGCUAUUCUGGAAAAGAUUGCUUUACAAGCGGAACAACGGGCGCACCAUUGACUGCAUAUAUAUUCUUUGGACCGGUAUUCUAUCAAAGGCUUAAGCAUAUGGUAGCAGAUAAAAUCCAUAUGAGGGCACGAGGGCCUAGGGCAAUACUCACUAGGCAGCCAACAGAAGGUAGAAGUAAGGACGGAGGUUUAAAGUUAGGAGAAAUGGAGCGUGAUUGCUUGAUAGGAUAUGGAGCAUCUUCUCUGAUUACAGAAAGACUGAUGAUAUCUUCAGAUGUAUUUGAGGCCUACGUGUGUAAAUCAUGCGGGGUGCUUGCAUUCAAAGGUUGCUGUGUUGCCUGCAAGGACAAGAAUCCUACAAAGAUAAAGAUGCCCUAUGCAUGCAAGCUUCUGUUCCAAGAGCUCAUGUCCAUGAACAUCCUUCCCAGGCUUCAUCUUGAAUGA